GUCGCGCAGAGCGGGCAGAGGGAAGGGAAGAUGGCGGAGGAGGAGAAGCUGCCCGCGGGGUGGGAGAAGCGCAUGAGCCGCAGCUCCGGCCGCGUGUACUACUUCAACCACCUGACGAACGCCAGCCAAUGGGAGCGGCCGAGCGGGGCGGGGCGGGCGGAGCCGUGCCGGGUGCGCUGCUCCCACCUGCUGGUGAAGCACAGCCAAUCGCGGCGCCCGUCCAGCUGGCGGCAGGAGCGCAUCACCCGCUCCAAGGAGGAGGCGCUGCAGCUCGUCAACGGUUACAUCCAGAAGAUCAAAUCAGGAGAGGAGGAUUUUGAGUCUUUGGCUUCUCAGUUCAGCGACUGCAGCUCGGCCAAGGCUGGAGGGGACCUGGGAGCUUUUGGGAGAGGGCAGAUGCAGAAGGCGUUCGAGGACGCGUCGUUCGCGCUCAGGGCCGGCGAGAUGAGCGGCCCCGUGUUCACGGAAUCCGGGAUCCACAUCAUCCUCCGCACGGAGUGAAGUGCCUUGGCAGGCCCAGAAUUCCCAGGAAUUCCCUGGGGAAUCCUUGGGAAAGUCCUGGAGAUCCGUGGGAGUCUACAGGGAUCGAUGGAAGCCCACAGGAAUUUGGGGGAAUCUGCGGGAGUUUUGUUGGAAUUUUGGGGGGAAUCUUCAGGAAUCCUCGGGAAAUGGUUGGGAUUUGUGGGAAUCCUCAGGAAUUCGUGGGAAUCCUCAGGAAUCCAUGGGAAUUCUUGGGAAUCCAUGGGAAUCCUCAGGAAUCCAUGGAAAUUUGUUGGAAUUUGUGGGAAUUCUCAGGAAUUCAUGGGAAUCCUUGGGAAUCCACAAGAAUCCGUGGAAAUCCUCAGGAAUUCAUGGGAAUUUUUAGAAAUCCUCAAGAAUCCUUAGGAGUCCAUGGGAAUCCUUGGAAAUCCAUGAGAGUCCAUGGGAAUCCUCAGGAAUCCAUGGAAAUUAAUGGGAAUCCUCAGAAAUCCAUGGGAAUUCUUAGGAAUCCUCAGGAAUUCGUGAGAAUCCAUGGAAAUUCUCAGGAAUUCAUGGGAAUUGUUUGGAAUUCGUGUGAAUUCUCAGGAAUCCAUUGAAAUCCUUGGGAAUCCACGAGAAUCCAUGGAAAUCCUCAGGAAUCCAUGGGAAUUCAUUGGAAUUUGUGGGAAUUCUUGGGAAUCCUCAGGAAUUCAUGAAAAUCCAUGUAAAUCCUCAGGAAUCCUCAGGAAUCCGUGGAAGUUCAUUGGAAUUUGUGGGAAUUCUCAGGAAUCCAUGGAAAUCCUUGGAAAUCCACGAGAUUUUAUGGAAAUCCUCAAGAAUCCUCAGGAAUCCAUGGAAAUCCAUUGGAAUUCGUGGGAAUUCUCAGGAGUCCAUGGAAAUCCAUGGGAGUCCAUGGAAAUCCUCAGAAUCCAUGGAAAUCCUUGGGAAUUCGUGGGAAUCCAUGGGAAUCCUCAGAAAUUCGUGGGAAUUCUCAGGAAUCCAUGGAAAUCCUUGGGAAUCCAUGGGAAUCCUGAGGAAUCCUGAGAAAUUCGUGGGAAUGCUCAGAAAUCCAUGGGAAUUCAUGGGAAUCCUCAAAAAGCCAUGAGAAUUCAUGGAAAACCGUGGGAAUCCUCAGGAAUUAAUGGAAAUUUUUGGGAAUCCAUGGAAAUUCAUGGGAAUCCAUUGAAAUCCUCAGGAAUUCAUGGGAAUCCUUGGGAAUUCUCAAGAAUCCACAGGAAAUUAAUGGGAAUCUUCAAAAAUUCAUGGGAAUUCCUGAAAAUCCUUGGGAAUCCAUGGAAAUUUCUGGGAAUCCUUGGGGAUUCAUGGAAAUCCAUUGAAAUCUUCAGUAAUACAUGAAAAUCCUUGGGAAUCUUCAGGAAUUCAUGGAAAUCCUCAGGAAUCCAUGGAAAUCCUUGUGAAUCCACAAGAAUCCAUGGAAAUCCUCAGGAAUUGAUGGAAAUCCAUGGGAAUCCUCAGGAAUCCAUGGGAAUUCAUGGAAAUUUGUGGGAAUCCUCAGGAAUCCAUGGAAAACCACAGGAAUCCCAAGGAAUCUUCAGGAAUCCACAAGAAUUUAUGGAAAUCCUCAGGAAUUCCAUGGAAAUCCUCAGGAGUCCACGGAAAUCCUCUGGAAUCAACAAGAAUUCCAUGGAAUCUGCGGGGAUCUAGAGGAAUUCCAUGGAAAUCCUUGGGAAUCUGUAGAAAUCCUCUAAAAUCAACAGGAAUUCCAUGGAAUCUGUGGGGAUCUAGAGGAAUUCCAUGGAAAUCUUCCGGAAUCGGCGGGAAUUCCAUGGAAAUCCUUGGGAAUCUGUGGAAAUCCUCUGGAAUCAACAGGAAUUCCAUGGAAUCUAUGGGGAUCCACAGGAAUUCUAUGGAAAUCCUCCGGAAUCCGCGGGAAUUCCAUGAAAAUCCUCUGGAAUCCGUGGGAAUUCCAUGAAAAUCCUCUGGAAUCUGUGGGAAUUCCAUGGAAGUCCUCUGGAAUCCACGGGAAUUCCGUGAAAAUCCUCCGGAAUCUGUGGGAAUUCCACAGAAUCCGUGGGAAUCCUCGGGAAUUCCACAGAAUCCGCGGGAAUCCCGCCCGGCGCUCCUGGCGCUGUUCCAGAUCCCAGAACUUUUCCGUUCUUCCACGCGCUCCCGGUCGGCCCCGGAUGGGGCGGGAACCAAAACGGGGAAUUCCCGCGGUUUUUUGGGAAUGUUGGGGCAGCCGGAGCCGGCUCCCGGCGGUGCCGGUGCCGGGAAUGCGGUGGCUGCAGUGGUGGUGGUGACCAUGGCAACGGUGACGUUGGCCAACGGUGACAACAGUGACAACAAUGACCAUGACAACGAUGACCAUGGCCAACGAUGACAACAUGGCCAACGAUGACAAUGGCCAACCAUGACAAUGGCCAACCAUGACAAUGGCCAACCAUGACAACGAUGAUGGUGACAAUGACCAACGAUGAUGAUGAUGAUGAUGGCCAUGAUGAUGACGACCAACAACGAUGACAAUGACAGUGGCCAUGAUGAUGAUGACGAUGCCAACAAUUGCGAUGACCAACAGCGAUGACAAUGACGGUGGUGAGCAGCAGUGACCAUGGUGACAAUGAUGGUGACAGUGACAAUGAUAUCAACAAUGACAAUGACACCGAUGAUGAUGUCAAUGGCAGCCAUGACAAUGACAACAGUGACACCAAUUAUGAUGGCACCGAUGAUGAUGACACUGGUGACAAUGAUAAUGCCCAACGAUGACAAUGACACCAAUGACAAUGACACCAAUGGUGAUGCCCAGUGAUAACAAUACCAGUGGCCAAUGCCCAACAUGGACAAUACCCAACAAUGACAAUGCCCAACAAUGACAAUGCCCAACAUGGACAAUGACCAAUGAUGACAAUGGCACUGAUGAUGAUGCCCAACGAUGACAAUACCCAACAUGGACAAUGACCAAUGAUGACAAUGGCACUGAUGAUGAUGCCCAACGAUGACAAUACCCAACAUGGACAAUGCCCAACAAUGACCAACGAUGACCAACAAUGACAAUGACCAACGAUAACGAUGACCAGUGAUGGCAAUGACACCAGUGACAAUGACACCGAUUAUGAUGCCCAACGAUGACAAUACCCAACAUGGACGAUGACCAACGAUGGUGAACAAUGAUGACGAUGACACCAAUGACAAUGAUGCCCAACAAUGAGAAUACCCAACAUGGACAAUGACCAACAAUGACAAUGACAAACGAUGAUGAACAACGAUGACAAUGACCAACGAUGACAAUGCCCAAUGAUAACGGUGACCAACGAUGAUGCCCAACAAUGACAAUACCCAACAUGGACAAUGCCCAACGAUGACAAUGACCAACGAUGCCCAACAUAGACAAUGACCAACAAUGACAAUGACCAACGACGACAAUGCCCGAGAUGGACAAUGCCCAACAAUGACUAUGACCAAUGAUGACAAUGACAAACGAUGAUGAACAACGAUGACAAUGACAACAACGAUGACAAUGAUGACAAUGCCCAACAAUGACUAUGACCAAUGAUGACAAUGACAAACGAUGAUGAACAACGAUGACAAUGACCAACGAUGACAAUGCUCAAUGAUAACGGUGACCAACGAUGAUGCCCAACAAUGACAAUACCCAACAUGGACAAUGCCCAACGAUGACAAUGACCAACGAUGCCCAACAUAGACAAUGACCAACAAUGACAAUGACCAACAAUGACUAUGACCAAUGAUGACAAUGACAAACGAUGAUGAACAAUGAUGACAAUGACAAACGAUGAUGAACAACGAUGACAAUGACCAACGAUGACAAUGACCAACAAUGACAAUGACAAACGAUGAUGAACAACGAUGACAAUGACCAAUGAUAACGGUGACCAACGAUGAUGCCCAACAAUGACAAUACCCAACAUGGACAAUGCCCAACGAUGACAAUGACCAACGAUGCCCAACAUAGACAAUGACCAACAAUGACAAUGACCAACGACGACAAUGCCCAAGAUGGACAAUGCCCAACAAUGACUAUGACCAAUGAUGACAAUGACAAACGAUGAUGAACAACGAUGACAAUGACAACAACGAUGACAAUGCCCAACAAUGACAAUGACCAACAAUGAUAAUGCCCAGUGAUAACGAUGACCAACGAUGAUACCCAACAAUGACGAUGACCAACAUGGACAAUGACAAUGACCAACAAUGACGAUGACCAACAUGGACAAUGACCAACAAUGACAAUACCCAACAAUGACACCGAUGACGAUGACACCGAUGACAAUGACGCCGCCACCACUGAAGCCACCACAGCCCCCGGCGCCGAGCCAAGCCCCUCCCCCACCCCGUGCAUGUUUAUUUAACUCAUUCCCGCUCUUUUCUCCCCAAAAAAAAACUCCCCCCAUCCGAAGGCUCCGCUUGAUCCAAGCCAUUAAUUAAUUAUUAAUUAAUUGAUUAAUAACCAACACUCGAGGCAGCUCCCGGUGUCCGUCCGGAUCCUCCCGGGAAUUUCCCGGCAAUGUCGCUUGGACUUCCAAAAAAAAAACCCAACAAACCAAAACCCGCCAGAUUUUUGGGGCGAUUUCCCGGGAAAUCGGUGGAGGAAAUCGCCAGAUUUCUGUUUUCCUGCUGGUUUUCAGUUUGGGUUGAAAAAAGUUGGAUUUGGGGUGGUUUUUUUUUUUGGACAAGAUUUUUCGGUUUUGUGGUUUUUUUCGCUUCUGUUCGGUGGGAAAAAAAAGGAAAUAAAAAAAAAAAAGUGAAAAAAAUUCCAAAAAUCCCAAAAAAAAAAUCCCAGCUUGGAUCCGUGUGAAAGUUCCCAAAAAAUGCUGUAAAGCCCCGGCUCUUUUCCUGCAAAAAUAAAUCCCUCUCCAGUGGAA